GCAGCCGGGUUGCAGAGCCCCCUCGUCGCUUGUGCUCCCCGGCACAGGACAUGGCUGGGUGCUGGCUCCUGGCCCUCGGCUGCCUGGCCACGUCCCUCCUGCCCACAGCCCUGAGCACCAAAGGAGGAGAAGUCUGCGACUGCAACGGGAUGUCCAGGCAGUGCGUCUUCGACUGGUACCUGCUGAGGGAGACGGGGAAUGGGUACCGCUGCCUCGGCUGCCUGGGCAACACGGAGGGCACCCACUGCGAGCGCUGCAAGGUGGGCUUCUUCCGCCAGCGGGAGGGGGACUGCUGCCUGCCCUGCCGCUGCCACCCCCAGGGUGCCCUCAGCCCGCAGUGUGACAGUGGUGGCUGGUGCAGCUGCAAACCCGGCGUGAUGGGCAAGAAGUGUGACCAGUGCCAGCCAGGCUUUGAGUCCCUCUCUGAGGCUGGGUGCCGGAGGAGCGGGCAGAACCCACAGUGCGAGUGUGACUCGGCUGGCAGCACGGGGGGCUGCCUCUCCGGCCACUGUGUCUGCAAGGCGAGAGCGACCGGAGAGCGGUGUGAGAGGUGCAAGCGACACUUCUACAACUUGGACACCAGAAACCCCGCGGGAUGCUCCCCCUGCUUUUGCUAUGGGCACUCAUCUGUGUGUGUCAGCGCAGACAACCACAGCGUCUACAACAUUACCUCCACCUUCCAACAAGGUGCCGAAGGCUGGCGAGGUGUCCAUGAAAGCGGCUCCCCAGCCCAGCUCCAGUGGUCCCCACGCCACCAAGAUGUCUUCAUAGCAGCGAGGAGACAGGAGCCGAUAUACUUCGUGGCGCCUGCAAAAUUUCUUGGGAACCAGCAGCUGAGCUAUGGCCAGACACUCUCCUUCGAUUACCGCCUGGACCGAGGGGGACGCCAGCCAUCUCCUCACGAUGUGGUCCUGGAAGGAGAUGGCCUGAGAGUCACUGCCCCCUUUUUGCCCCAGGGGAAGGCCCUGCCUUGUGGCGUCAGCCAGACAUACACAUUCAGGUUGGAUGAGCACCUGAGCAGCAAGUGGAGCCCGAGGCUGAAUCACUUUGAAUAUCGAAGGCUGCUGGGAAACCUGACGGGUCUCUGGAUCCGAGCCACCUUUGGGGAGUACAGCACCGGCUACAUCGACAACGUCACCCUGGUGUCGGCGCGGCCUGUUCCUGGAGUCCCUGCUCCCUGGGUGGAGAGCUGCGAGUGCCCGGCGGGGUACCAGGGGCAGUUCUGCCAGAGGUGUGCCCCCGGCUACCGCAGAGAUGCUCCUGGCCUAGGGCCAUUCAGCAUCUGUGUGCCCUGCCAUUGCCAGGGGGGAGGAAUCUGUGACCCCGACACCGGGGAAUGCUACUCGGGAGAUGAAAACGUGGGCAAUAGUGUCAGCUGCCCAUUCGGCUUCUACCAAGACCCCCGGCAGCCAUACCACUGCAGGCCGUGCCCCUGCAGCAACGGCCAAGGCUGCUCAGUGGUGCCAGGCAGUGAGGAGGUCAUCUGUGACCACUGCCCUCUUGGAGCUGCUGGGGACAACUGUGAGUACUGCGCCGAUGGUUAUUUUGGAGACCCAGCAGCUUCCCGGCCCUGCCAGCCCUGCCAGUGCAAUGGCAACGUGGAACCCAACGCCGUGGGCAACUGCGACCGCCGCACCGGCGAGUGCCUCAAGUGCAUCUACAACACUGCUGGCUUCUACUGUGACCGCUGCAAAGAUGGCUUCUUCGGGAACCCCCUCGCCCCCAAUCCCGCCGACAAGUGCCGAGCCUGUGCCUGUGACUCGCCUGGCGCUGAGCCCCUCAAGUGUGGGAGUGAUGGGAGCUGCAUCUGCAAGCCAGGCUUUGAGGGUCCCAACUGUGAAGAGAGUGAGUGCCCGGGUUGCUACAGCCAAGUGAAAGCCCAGGUGGACCUGUACCUGCAGCAGCUGGUGGAGCUGGAGUUGCUGUUCUCAGAGGUGCAAGCUGGUGGUGGGGCCGGGAGCCAGGAGCUGGAGCGGAGGAUGCAGCUGGCUGAGGAGAUGCUGCGGGCUAUCCUCGGGGAAGCCAUUAGCCUCCAAGCCUCUGACAGAUCUCUGGAAAGCCGUGUGGCCAGGAUGAAGGGGCAAGUGUCCAACUCUCAGAGCCACUUGGACGAGAUCAAGGCAACGGUGGAGAGGCUGAGGUCUCUGGGGAGCCAGUACGAGAGGCAGGUGCAGGACACCCGGCAGCUGCUGGAGAGAGCUAGGCUGGACCUGGACCGUAGCACAGUUGCUCUGCGUCGGGUGACCAUUCCUGUUUCAAACCUUCCCGGGGGCUCAAACCAGUUCUUGAUGCUGGCCCAGGAGGCUCUGAGACUGGCCAACAGCCACGCACAAGCUGCCAACACCAUUGAGCAAGCCGCGAGGGCAGCGCGGGACGACGCGGGGCAAGCCCUGGAGUUGGUGCGUGCGGCUGCUGGAGGAGAGGAGGCCGCCUCCGGCUCCCUGCAGGGCCUGCUCGGCAAGUACGAGGAGCUGAAGUCACUGGUUGGAGGCCUGAAGACUGAAGCUGAUGGGAUGGCCUCUGAUGCAGACAGGGCUUAUCAGGGCAGCCUUGUACUCCUCAACUCCCUGUCACGCUUGACGAAGACCGACAUUGGCUCCUUUGAGGGGGAGGCCACCCGGCUGAAGCAGGACGCCAGUGCUCUCCUGAGCUUGGUGGACACCUACAUGGCCCAGUACCGGCAGCUGCAGAGCCGCACGGGGCGCUGGGAGGAAGAAAUCAAGCAGCUGCUGCAGAGGGGAGAGGGCGAGAGAGCGACACUGACGCAGCUGCUGUCCCGAGCCAACCUUGCGAGGAACACAGCCCUGCAAGCCGUGAGUGCUGGCAAUGCCACCUUCUACGAGGUGGAACAGAUCCUGAAGAGCCUCCGGGAGUUUAACCUGCAAGCAGAUGACAAGAGGAGGGAAGCUGAAGAUGCCAUGAGAAGGCUACCGAUUAUCAGUAGCAUGGUCGCAAGUGCCAAGGAGAAGACAGACCGAGCUGAAACAAUCCUGGGAAGUGCUGCUUCUGAAUCCAAGGCAGCCAACAGUGUGGCAGAAACAGCAAAAGAGAUCACCAUGGGGAUUCAGCAGGAGAUCACAAGGCUGAGGGUGGAAGCCAACAAGUCGGCUGAUGGUGUCCUGGCCCUGGAGAAGGCAGUGGCUACCCUGCAGCGUGAGGCCAAGGAAGAGGACGAUGAAUUUAAGAGGAAGCGCUCGGAGGUUGAAGCAGAUGCCGCUGUGAUACAGGAGACAGCACAGGAAGCUCAGAGGGUCCAUGCUAAGGCUGGCGAGGCAGGAAUGGUCGUGAAGGAGACAUUGAGUGCCUUGGAAGAGCUGCUGCGUCUAAUGAACCAGCCUGGUGCUGUGGAUGAGGAUGGCCUGAAGCAGCUUGAGAUGAAUUUUAGCAAAGCUAAAGCCAGAAGCAAACAGCUGAAGGAUGAGAUGUUGGAGCUGGAGCAGACAGCCGCAUUACAGAAGGCCCGGGUGCAAACACUGGAGAGCAGCAUUGAUGGGAUCCUGGCGGAUAUUAAGAACCUGGAGGAUAUCCAGAAGAGUCUUCCUCCAGGUUGUUACAACACAAAAGCCAUUGAAUUGCCAUGAGUGGGCUCUGGAAAGGCUUGCAGCACCUGCCAGACUGUGAUGGCAGGAGAGCCUGGUCCAGCUGCCCUCCCCAAACCCAGCAGGACUGCAUUUGACUGUGGUGAACUGAUCUUUACCCUCAAGUUCAGUGUGGCAGCUGAAGUUCUCAUAGUCAUGCUAGCCCUGGAGAGUCCCUGAUUUUUCAAAGUGGUCCGUCCCUCGGUCAUGAGAGGAAGGAGACUCCUGGUUGCAUGAAGGUGUUCCUGACUGAAGAACAGCCUGUUCCUACAACAUUUCUCUGACAUGCAGGUGGGAGUUGGCUUGGUGUUACCCUUGGGAAUUUGCAUAGUUCAGAGCCUGAAGUUCACAACCUUCACAAGAGGUUCUCCAUCCUCUGUGGGUCCCCCCUCCUGGUCUGGCACACACAGAGUGUCUACAGUCUCUGUCCUUACUUUUGACACUACCACCACCACCUCCUACUCAUGUUCUCCAUGGGAUCUUCUUCUCAGGAGGCAGGGAGCAAGCAGCGUGAAGUGGCAGCUCGAGGGAGAUGAGUUUUGACCUGUGACAUAUGGCUUUCUCCUCCCAACCUGCCCAGUCCUCACCUUGCUGGGAGUGGUGCUAGUGUGGUUUUGUUGUGUCUUGGACAUUUGGCAUCAGAUGCCACUGAUGACCUUUUUCAUUAAGCUGCAGGUCUUCCAUGGUGCGCCCCAGUUGAGGUAGUUAAGAUUUUUCUAAAGGGGAAAGAAAAAAAAAAAGUGCCAGCUGCCUUUGAGCUCAGGGUGAUGGCAGGAUGGAGAAAGAAGGGGAUCCCAGGCUUGGAGGGUAGCCGAGGAGGAGGGAACUGCUGGGGCUCCUCAAAUGCUCCACCUGCUUCCCUCAGCCAGGAAGAGAGAACACCCUUUCUUUCUCCUUCAGUUCUUUGCAAGUCCCAAAGCCCCUGAGGAAUGACAUUCUUGUCAAAGCUCCUCCUGGGCAAGCACAGGUGUCUCUACCAUCCCCUUACAAGGUCAAGCACAACCUUUCCUUCCAAGACUAGCUGGUGUGGUACCAGGCAGCUUCCUGGGUCUCCCAGACCCUGGGAGAAGCAAGGUAGUGUCCUCUCUGCGCAAGCACUCAGGGCCCUGUAGCGCUUGUUACAAGAAUGAGGGCUUUCUCCAGGGAUUUGCAGCCACAAGCUCUCACAUCUGGGAGCCUGGUCCCAUACUGCUGGAGUGCCAGUGUUCUGAUUCAAUCCACUUAAAAAUAUUGAUGAUGUCUUGAAUAUGUGUUCAUGUCUUGUUUGGUGCUGCCCAUUUCCCUCUCCAUCCAUCCCUUCCUCCCUCCCACGUGGUGCUGGAUGUUUCUCAGAGGCUCAAAUAGUUGUCUGCAGGGUUUCCCGCUGUACAUCUGAAGAGAGCUUGGAGGAGUUGAAGAUCAUGGUGCUUGCUUCACCCACCCGUGGCUUUCCUGUGGGUCCAGCUCUGUUCUGACACUGCUCCCAGCUUCCUUUAGACGCCAUUUCAGGGGAAAAAAAGAGCUAGCAGGUGCUGAAAGUCAACUCUGCUGAAGCCCUGAAGCCUGCAUAGUGGUGAAAGAGGAGGUCCUGGAUGGAGGAGGACACUGCAGGACGUGCUCACCCCUCGUUAGCUCUGAUUCUCUGAUAAAGCAGCACCCAUGCUUUUGCUUGAUAAGGAUAUACCAAUGUAUAUGUCUGCCUUACACUUUUAUUUAAACAAGAAGUAUUCUUGCCUCUGGCACAUCUACCUUCUCCUGCUGUACAGCAAUAGGGACAGGUAUUAUAGACCUGACUUCAUUUUUCUAUGAGUUGGGUUUUUUGAAAAGGAGGAUGUCAAUAAAUAACAAAUACUUUUGGCUGGAUCUUGCCUACUGGUUUAUUUUCUCUAGCUCCCUGGUUUCUGUGAGUUUGGCCAUCAGUUCCCCAGGGGU